AGAUGGUAUGUAGUAUGUAUUUACAUAUAGGUUAAAGAAUUUUGUUGCCUAUAAGGUUAUUAUUACAUAAUCUUAUUUCUUACAAAAUCAAGUUUGUAAUUGUGGAACGUGAUAUUUUCAUCGAACAAUACAAAAUGCCAGGAACACCGAUGAAGGAAGAAAACGAUACGUUACAGAAACUACAAAUAACGGAACGCCCUCCGCUUGUAAACUGUGAGCCUGUUGUGCGAGAAAUAACGCAAACCGAUAGAUUAAACAAAAAAUUAUUAGUAUCCCUCUUAGAAAGAAUGAAUAAAUCAAAUGGUGAAUUCGAUAAAUUUAUGGACAAGGGAAAUACUAGUUACGAUUCUCAAGAUGAUAAUGAAUUUUAAGUAAAAUGUAAAUGUGUGUUUUGGAACAUAACCUAAAUACCACUGGCCAGCUAGAUUACCGUAAUAAUUGUACAAUUUCUAAGGAAUAAAUAUUACUUGAUAAAAAACAAAGUAAAAAAUUUUCUGUGUUCAAAUAUUAAUUUUAUUUAAGAACAACCUGAGAACAUUAAAUGCAAAUUUAGUAUUUCAUACAUACAUACAUACAUACAUAUACAAAGUGGCGGUACAACUUGUUGAAUAUGACGACAUUAUCGAAUACUUCCGAUUACGAUGAAGAAGAUGAGCAUGACAUAAUAGCUGAAUAUGAAAAUCAAGAGUCAGAUGGAGAUCAGGGUAAUGUUCAGAAGAAUUCAGAUUCUGAAAAUGAUCAAAGUAAAGAAGAGAAUGCUGUAAGAAGAAUUGAUCCAUCAUCAUCUAAGAAACAUAUAGUAAGAAAUCCUUUACCCAAAUUAAAUACAGAACGUCUAAAGGGUCCUAAAGGAAUUCACACUAUUGAAAAAUAUUUUGAAGGGUUUAAGUUUCAUGGACAAGGAUAUGAAAAGUUAGAUUUGGAUCGAGUUAUGAAAAGACUAGAACAUUGGGGACACAGACUGUUUCCUAAAUUGGACUUCGAUGAUUUUCUUGAAAGACUAGAGAAAUUGGGCACUAAAAAGGAUCUUCAGGUGUUUAUAAGAAAAUAUAGACAAGAUAUGAUUAAUGAAGAUAAUGAUAUUAUUAAUGAAGAUAAUAUAGAUGUUGAAGAAAAUAUAGUACAAGAUGAACCCAUUGAUGAAUUUGACUUAUUGAUUGCAGAACAAAUAGAAAAACAAAAACAAGUUAUGCAACAAACAGCAAUUAAUGUACCUACUACUAACAAUGAUGUAUUUGAUAAAUUAUUAUCACAGUCUAAUACCACGAAUUCUCAAUCUGUAACUAAUGCUUCUACUUCUUCGCAUUUAAGUGAUGAAGUAAAAGCACGUAUAGAAAGAAACAGACAACAAGCUAUUCAAAGAAGACUUGCAAGAUUUAAAGAAAUAGAGGAAGAAAUCAAGAGAAAAAAACUUAAAGAACCAGAAAGCAAUGAAACUGAAAGAUAUGCAAAGAAUAAUGAGCUUAAAAAUAAUUCACAAAAAACAGAUAAAAGUCAUGAAAUUUAGAAUAAAAAUAUUAUAACAUGAUUUAUAAAAAUAUAAAAAAAUUUUAUAUUAAAAUAUUAAUGUAGCAGUUUAAAAAAAUAUGUCAAAUAAAUAAUCUGUUAUUAAAGAUUCCAUAAGAACAUUAUUUAGAUAUUUGUAUAAGGUAGAAUAAACAAAAGUUUAAUAUAAAUUAUAUAUUUAUUUUACUUAAGUUCUACGUUUUUGUGUACUGAUAUAUAAGACAUUAUUACCACGAAUAAAAGCAUCACCAUACUUGUCUUUUAAUUGACCAUUUACAUAUUCUUCUGUUUGUUCAAGAGCUAUAUUCAUGUAACCAUCGAGACAAGCUAAAACACCUAGGAAAUAGAUAAUUUCGUGAUUAA